AUGCCACCAUCGUCUACAGACCAGCCUACCAUCAGGCAGCUCUUCGAGCAUGCCGAGAUUUUGACACUGCGCAAUGCCUUGAUCAUCGCACCCGUCCUCUACAUACUGUUCCGUCUAAUCUACGCCCUAUUUCUCUCACCCUGCCGCAAGAUCCCCGGUCCGUUCCUAGCGAGAAUAACAGGGUUGUGGGAGGCGAAGAAGGUGGUCGAAGGAGAUUCCCACAAAGCAAUCAUCAAGCUGCACGAGCAAUACGGUCCCGUGGUACGCAUUGCACCGAAUCGCUACGACUUCGACACGCUAGAAGCAACAAAAAUCAUCUACCGCAUCGGCAACGCGUUUCCAAAGUCAAAAUACUAUGUUCCGUUUGGAUCGCCACAUGGUCCGAAUGUGCUGAAUGCGCUCGAAAACGAGCUGCAUGCGACGAUGAAGAGACAGCUCGCGUCGCUGUAUUCCAUGUCGACGUUGCUGUCGUAUGAAGCCACCGUGGACAGCCAGACGGCCAUUAUGAGGCAGAAGCUUGAUAGUUUCGCUGCGACGGGCGAAUUGGUGAAUUUGCCAGCGUUCUUCCAGUACUAUGCUUUCGAUGUGGUUGGCAUGAUUACUCUUGGAAGUUCUAUGGGCAUGAUGGAGGCUAAUGCAGAUACCUCUGGUAUUUGUGCGGCGCUUGACACUGCCUUUGACUACGCGUCUGUGGCGGGACUCUUCCCAGCAUUGCAUCCAUGGCUGAUGUCUCUGAUGGGCGUGCUUCGCGUGCCGAGUCCUACAUUAGGAUUAGACAAUUUCGUUGAGGAGAAGAUGGAGCUGCAUAUGGAUGAAGCUGCGCAAGCUGAUGGGUCCAAGAAGAGCGCGACGUUUCUGUCGAAGAUGGUUGCGUUGAAGAACCAAGGCAAAGCCACCAAGCAUGAUAUCCGAGUCUGCAUGACAACGAACAUUUCAGCGGGCUCGGACACGACGGCCAUCAGCUUGAGCGCCAUCGUAUACUACUUAUGGACUAACCCUAGGGUCUUGGAGCGACUUCGACAGGAGCUGGAUGCUCAAUCAAAAGCCGGACGACUGUCCGAUAUGCCGACUUAUCAUGAAGCUCAGGAAAUACCAUAUCUGCUAGCUGUUAUUAAGGAGGCUCUGCGGCUUCACUCCGCUGUUGGCACACAACUGACACGCGUGGUACCCAAGGGCGGUUGUGUGAUAGAAGGACAUUAUUUUCCUGAGGGUGCCGAGGUUGGAGUCAAUGGCUGGGCACUGCAUUAUAACAAAGAGAUGUUUGGCAAGGACGUCCAUGAAUUCAGGCCUGAACGUUGGCUGGAAGGUGAUAAGACGAAUAUCGGGCUGCCGGAAUCUUUUGCAUUUGGUCAAGGUUCCCGCUCCUGCCUCGGUAAAAACAUCAGCAUCCUAGAAAUGUCCAAAGUUAUUCCACAAGUAGUCCAGAACUUCGAUAUCGACAUUUCACCCAACGCUCAAGCUUGGUCAGGCAACUGUCGUUGGUUCGUGAAGCCAGAGUAUAAAGCCCGGCUGAGGCACCGGACAAAAUCAGGGAAAUGA